ACCUUACCCUGAGCUGCAAGGAUUUCGGCUGCACACAGGAAAUGAUGAAACGGGCACAGUGAGGACUGCGCGGGUGGAAGAGGCCACAGCAGCUGUGCAGGAGUAAUGCAGGUGCGGGCAGGCUGAAUGCCAACGAUGCAGCGAGAGCACCGUGCCACCAGCAGCCGCCUGUACUGACUGUCUAGUGAAGAGAAGAUCACAGAUCAUUCGCCAUUGGACUUAACUCUGCUUUCCUUCUUCAGAAGUCAUGUCUGGAAAUUACGACGAUGCAGUUGGGGUUGAAGUGUCCAGUGACAGCUUCUGGGAGAUUGGCAAUUACAAGCGUGCAGUGAAGAGAAUAGAUGAUGGGCACAGACUCUGCAAUGAUUUAAUGAACUGUAUUCAUGAGCGGGCAAAGAUCGAGAAGGGUUACGCACAGCAGCUGACAGAGUGGUCAAAGAGGUGGAAGCAGCUUGUAGAGAAAGGGCCUCAGUACGGCACUGUGGAGAAGGCCUGGCAUGCCUUGAUGAGUGAAGCCGAGAGAGUCAGCGAACUCCACCUAGAGGUGAAGAAUGCAUUGAUGAAUGACGACUUUGAGAAAGUAAAGAACUGGCAAAAGGAAGCCUACCACAAACAGAUGAUGGGAGGCUUUAAGGAGACUAAAGAAGCUGAAGAUGGCUUUAGGAAAGCACAGAAGCCAUGGGCAAAGAAACUGAAAGAGUUGGAGGGGUGUAAGAAGGCAUACCAUGCUGCAUGCAAGGAGGAGAAGCUCGCCAUCUCCAGAGAGACCAACAGCAAAGCCGAUCCUGCUCUCAAUCCAGAACAACUGAAGAAACUCCAAGACAAGGUGGAGAAGAGCAAGCAGGAUUCUCAGAAGACCAAAGAGAAGUAUGAAAAGUCUCUGAAGGACCUGGACGGCGCCACUCCACAGUACAUGGAAAACAUGGAGCAAGUGUUUGAGCAAUGCCAGCAGUUUGAGGAUAAGAGACUCCGCUUCUUCCGCGAUCUACUGCUGGAUGUUGAGAAGCACCUCGAUCUGUCCAAUAUGGACAGUUAUUCCAGCAUAUACAGAGACCUGGAGUAUUCCAUAAAGACGGCAGACGUUCUAGAGGACCUGAAGUGGUUCAAGAACAAUCACGGGCCCGGAAUGUCCAUGAACUGGCCCCAGUUCGAGGAAUGGUCUGCUGACUUAAACCGUACCCUGAGCCGAAGAGAGAAGAAGAAGCCUGGAGAGGGGGUCACUCUAACUGGAAUCAGUCAAGCGGGCGAGGGGUCUGUGCAGAAUAAACACAGCAGCCAUCUUAGUGUCCAGUCAGUACAGUCCACACAAUCAAGUAACAACCCGUUUGAGGACGAGGAGGAGACGAACACUAUCAUUGAGAAGGAGGACAGUAAAACUAAAAACGUCAGCAGCUAUGAAAAAAGUUAUCCCACUGAGUGGUCCGAUGACGAAUCCAGCAACCCCUUCACCAGCAAUGACGCCAAUGGAGACAGCAACCCAUUUGAUGACGAGGCUUCUGGUGGAACGGAGGUCCGGGUCAGAGCACUGUAUGACUAUGAGGGGCAGGAGACAGAUGAGCUUAGCUUCAAAGCUGGAGAAGAGCUGACAAAAAUAGAAGAUGAAGACGAACAGGGCUGGUGCAAAGGGCGUCUGGACAGUGGACAAGUGGGGCUGUACCCUGCAAACUAUGUGGAGGCCGUGCAGUGACAUAGGAGUGACCUCAUUCCCCUGCCUCUAGCGUGCACCUAGUUCUCCUAAUAACCUGUAAUCUGUUCACUGGGAUGAGCUGAAUGCGACAUAACCUGUAUAUAUUACAAUAUAAGGAAGAUGCGGUUGACACUAGGAAUGACUUUGCAUACAUUUGGUAGAACUGGGAAUCUUGAUGUUUUUGAUUUUAAGUUUAGUUUUUUUUUUUGUCUUUCCUCUUUUUCAAAGAAUAGAUGCAGUUAUCAUAGCGGCAGCUGUUCUUACUUUGAAAAGGGGCCCAUUGCAAUUUAGUGCAAAAUCAGCACAUUGAGAAGAAACAGCCCUGCUUGUUUUCUUGCUGUAGUUUUUUUUUCCAGAUAAUUUUAUUAUUGGUCGCUGUUGUGGACGGUGCCUUGCAUUGAUCCUGCGCAUUCAUGUAUCCAUAUGACUUGUUGGUAGAAGUGACCUUUUCUGUAAUGUGGAAUAUAUAUUUUUUUAAGCGUUGCAGUUCUGUAUUUUUUUUUUAAUGAGGUUCUUGUCUUAUUUAAUGCUGGGUGUAGAUAAUAAUUUUUUUUUUUCCCCCUUAAUUUUUUAAUAUUUUUUUUUCUGCAGGAUGGAUCGCUGCUCCUCUUCCAUAAAUUUUUUUUUUUUUAAAAGCAAACAAAAGAACUAUAACUGAUAAGCUUGGUUUUAUCACAUGAUACAACCACACGACUCCAUGUGAUAUACAAAAAAUAAAAUUCAAGUAGCCGACCUUAGCGGGUCAUAAUAAAGUAUUGUAUUUAAUUUAAAAAAGUCUGUUACCAUAAAUUGUGGCAGAGUUUAAUAACCUAAUUCUGGGUCAUUCUCCACCAACGAAAAAAUCUAUUUUCUUUUCUUUUUCGCCCUGGCCACCUCAUGUGCCAGUCCUACUAACAGUUCUGAAUCCUGUCUUCUGCCGGUGAACUUGAUUUCAUAAUCUACAUAUUCAGACCUCAAUAGAUGAACACUUAGAACAAAAUGAUUACUAAUCAGGGACAAUUUUCUGGUAUUUAAUUCUUUGCGCUCACUUGUCGUCCGAUGAAACAUUCCCUUGUAUUGUGCAGAUUGGUGUCUAUUUUAUUACUAUUUUUGCCUUUUUUUUUCUUGUUCUUUCCUCUACUGCAUAUCAUGUCCUGUACAGUAAAGCAAAGCUCUUCGUAUAUUAGUUUUAGGCGACUUUCCUGUUGGCCAGAGACAAAGUAUUACAUGAAAAUCCCUAUUCCUAGAACGAAACCAAGAGCCAUGCACAUAUUUAUUUUGAGCUUGUAAUGAUGGGAAAGGGCUUUUGGGUUCAUCUUGGACUCCACCUUCUGUAGACCUGAUGCAGAACAGAGCUGAUCUAGUUUAACCAGUUAACUCAAAGGCUACAUAUGUGUCAAGACUUUCUUCAUGUCGUCAUCCACUGUACAAGUAGCCAAACGCUGUGUUAGAGUAAUGUGCGUUUUUGUCUAUAUGGAAAUUGAAAAAAAAAAUCUACAUAUUUAUGCCUCUAUAUAAAUAUAUAUUAGAUAUAUAAACCAUUGACUAUACGAAGAGAAUCUUUUAACGCAUGUCGUCUCGUGGAUUUCAUGACAGACUAUGCUUGAAGACUGUUAUCAAUUCUAGACCUUCCAUCCUUCCUAGUUUUGCUGUAUCAUAGUCUUAAGUAUUCUGUGAUUCUGAAAAACAAAUUUUUUUUUAGUAAUAAACUAAGGAAAAAAAGUGUUGUGAAUAUGUAAUUUGGAAACUGGUGACUUGUAAGCUUCUUCUCAGUUCUGUGUGGAUUUCUUGUAGCGAAACACUGUAAUCGUCUUCCACAAAUUCUUGGAGAAAGGGGAUCCGGGCAGUGGCAUCCAUGGUUUUGGUCUCGAUAAGCCCAAUAGAGUUGUCUCCUGAAAUGCAUCUGAAGACAGAGGCUUUUUUUUAUACCUCGGGCGGAGGGCUACAAGCUCAGACAGUUGAUUAUGACCAGGGGCCACCUUUAUAGGGGAUCCAUGGUGUGCAGAGUAGGCCCCUUGUUUUGUGAUCCUGCUCUCUCCCUAGCCUUUUCACAGAACUCCCCUUAGUAAGGAGCGGCUGACCGGCACGGGGGAACCUCCUAGCUUCUAAUGAUGUAUUGUCGAUAUUAUAACGUUUCUGAUGCAUUGAAUGGAAACCUGUUUGUUGAGGAAAGUCUUUACUGCAUACUAUAGCACAAAUAACUGUACACAAAGCUGAUUUGUAGGAUUUCGGGUAAGUUGUGCCACACCAGGAAUCUUGGCUGUAAUCCUAUGAAAAGAAUACAAAUAUAUUUUAUUGGAA